GGGACCUGGAGGGCGGGGACUGAGGCUCAGUUGGGGCAAGCAGCCUCGCUCCGCCCCCGUCGCGCUCCAGGUAGCGUUUCCAACCCCUCGCUGAGGGGAGUUUCUGCGCGGGCGAAGCGCGGUAAACGGGCCUGAGCUGCGUCGAGGGGAGAGAGUUGGGAACCGUUCCCCUCUCCCGCGCUCCGCGGUGUCCUCGUCACCACAGCUGCAGCCGAUCUCUCCCUGCAGCCUGAUGGAGCUAGAGACAGAGACGAUCCCCAGGAAGAGGAAGGGGGCCCCGACCUCGGCCCUGGCGACAGAGCCGGAUCUUGAGGACGCGGAGCCUAAAGCCAAGAAAGCUCGCUUAUCUUCCAUUUUAUUUGCUGAAAAUCAUGUAGUAACCCAUAAACAGCUGUGUGAGUUGCUGAAGUAUGCAGUUCUGGGUAAAUCCACUGUUCCUGAACCCAGCUGGUGCCAACUUUUACACCAAAACCACCUAAACAACGUGGUGGUUUUUAUUCUGAAGGGAAUGAGUCAGCUACACUUCUACAGGUUCUAUUUGGAAUUCAGAUUUCUCCGAAAGGCAUUCAGACAUAAAUUCAGCUUGCCUCCUCCAAUGUCCAGUUUUCUAUUUGAUAUCAUUGGGUUGCAAAAGAAGAAAUCAGCCAGAGGUUUUCCUAGGACUAUUAAAGGAAGACCUUUAACUUCUGCCAUUUUAAAGUCCAGCAUCAACCUGCAGAAUGACCCCAUCAUUCAGAAGUAUGGCUGUGAAAAAGUGGGCUUGACCAGAUGCCUUCUGACAAAAAGGGAAAUGGAAACAUUUCACUUUCCACUACAAGGUUCUCCUAAUUGUGAAAACUUUAUCCUUACCAAGUUUAAUGCUUCCAUAACAGAUAACAGUCCACUCUUUGGACUUAAUUGUGAAAUGUGCCUUACAUCCAAGGGGAGAGAACUAACACGCAUCUCACUGGUUGCUGAAGGAGGCCAUUGUAUUGUGGAUGAACUGGUCAAACCUGACUUCAAGAUUCUAGACUCCUUUACUAGUUUUUCAGGAAUCACGGAGAAGAUUCUUAACCCAGUGCCAACCAAACUCAAAGAUGUACAGGAGCUCUUAAGACAGCUGCUUCCUCCUGACGCUGUGUUAGUGGGCCAUUUCCUAGACUUGGAUCUCAGAGUAAUAAAAAUGAUACACCCAUAUGUUAUUGAUACCUCGCUGCUUUAUAUCGGGAAGCAGAGCAGAAGAUUUAAGCUAAGAUUCUUAGCCAAAGUUAUUUUGGGGAAGGAUAUACAGUGUCCAGACAAGCUUGGUCAUGAUACCAUAGAAGAUGCUAGAACAACUCUUGAAUUAGUUCGGUAUUUUCUUAAGUAUGGGCCAAAGAAGAUUGCAGAGCUCAAUUUGGAGGCACUAGCUAGCCGUGAAGAACUGAAAGCAGCCAGUCAAGGACCAGAAAAGAAGGGAGGACCUACUAAGCCCCCAAAUAUGAGUGUUUUAGAAUGCCUGGACUCGAUGGGUCAGAAACUCCUUUUCUUGACUCGGGAUAUAGAUGAACUUUCUUCGUCUAGAAACUGUCUAACUAUUAAGUGUUCUUCAAAUAAAGAGGUGCUUGAAGAAGCCAGAGUGGAAGUCCCUUUGUUUCCCUUCAGCAUUGUGCAGUUCUCUUUUGAGCCCUUUUCACCCAUCUUUGCUGACGAGGUGAAGCAAAGUAUGAAGACCAAAUGGACAGAGAUGUCAACUGUCUAUGCUGGUCCAUUUAUCAAAAAUUGUAACAUUGGGCCUCUGAAGAAGAUGUUUAAGAGCAUGGGCCCAGUCCAGUCAGUAACUCUUGUUCUUGAAACUUUUAGGCCUUACUUCCGUGUACAGUAUGAAGUCUUGGAAGCUGCUCAGCUGGCUAUAGAGACCAUGAAUGGCAUUCUGGUAGAAGGUUCUUAUAUCAGGGUGCACAGGCCUGUGACAGAAUUCACUCUUGAGUGUGACACCCUUGUGCAUGAGCUCGAGCAAGAUUGUGAAAACCAAGGUACUAUAUAUGUGACUGGAUUUGGCAAAACUUUUAAAGAACACCUGUUGGAGCAGUCCAGCCUCUUUCCUGGCCUGGAAGCCAUGAUCCUGCCUAAAGAUGUUAAAAGAAGACAGCAAAAAAACUAUUGUUUCUUGAAGUUCAAAUCUCGUGACAGUGCCCAGGUAGCCCUUGAAAUUCUCAAAGGCAAGGACUGGAAGUUGAAAGGCAGACAUGCCCUAACCCCUAUGCACCUUCAGACAUGGCUCAGGGACAUAUAUCCUGAACCAGUAAUGCCUUCAGGACUUCGACUAGUACCGCCUCUCUUGGAGAAGCAUAUCUUUCAGAUUGCGGAGGAGAACCAUCCAAGGAUAGUUGCCUGGCGCUGCAACCGGAAGAUUGAAAAGCUCUAUCACUGCCUGAGCCCGGGCACCCUCUGCCUCAUCCUGCUGCCAGGAACCAACAACACUUUUGCAUCACACCCUGGCCUAGGACUGAUGAAAAUAAAAGAGGAAGAGGAAAGUGACCCCCCGGGCCUGGGAGUGUGAAUCUCCCCACACUUUCCAAGUAUUCACAUAUAGAGAAUGUGACUAAGCUACGGCCCCUUCAAGACGAUGGCAAGUCUUUCCAUCUAGCAGACACCUUUGUUAAAAAGUUGGGAUACCAGCCAAAGUAUGUUGUCAUGUGCAAAAUUUCAAUAAAUGCCUAAAACUCAAAA